UGUAUUGUCUGUACCAUUGCGUGUGAAACUCACGUAAACGUGGGAGACGUGCAGCAGAAUGCGCUCCAGGGUUAUCCCAUAAAGCUAUUGAACUCAUCUGAUCACGUCAGGAUUCGAACUUGUGAUCUACCGUCAAGAUCUGUAUGUAUGUGCGCCAUUCAGCCAAAGGUAGGUACAUUAUGUAUAUUAUCCUGGUUGGUUCACACAAUGGUUUUUGAACGAGUCUGCUUUUCACCUUCGUAAUAUGAUAUCAGGGAAGAACAGCACAAGGUAUCCAUCUUCCGAGACUUCAACGCCGGAACUGUAAAGGUGCGCACAUGAGGCAGUAAAUGGCGCGCACAUAAUUUCAUUGGCUGACAAGUAAAUAACGCGCAAAUAAUUUCAUUGCGGAACAAGAAGUACAGGUUCCACCCUUCCAUCUUCUACAGUGCCAUGGUCUGGCGCUAACUUGUCAAUUGGGAAAAGCAUAGAUGAAUGACCAUAAGGUUUGCAGUGUCGGCUGUGGUGCCUGCUACAGUCUCUGAUGCUUUGCGCCUUUUCACCCCUUCCUUCUUACGUACGUGCAGCGCCUGGUGAAAAAGUUGAAUCGCAUCGCCAGGUUCUUGGAAGCAUGAUAAGCGAGUCGUGGUGGUGGCCGCUGGUGGUAGUGGCCGCUUGACAGGUGGGAGAGAUUAGUGUGUACUAUGUACGCGAGGUUUUGUGGUCGUCGCAGGGCAUCAGGAGUGUUGGUGGUUAGGGUUUAGGGAAACAAGAGGGGAGUCAUGGGUGUGUGCUGAAGCCUUGUGAAGGUUGAAAAAGGGAGUGGGAGACGGAAGGAGGAGGGAGGAGGGAGACCUGCUGGGAGAUGAAAACCAGUGGUGAGGAUGUUUUGACAUCGAUAGAUGGUUGAUGCUUGCUGUUGAGACGAGUGAAGAAGCUCGGACGAAGUGGCAGCAAAGAUGGUCUGGGUCUCAUAGAGGAGGGGGGGGGGCAAUCUAGUGCGGUGCGAGUUAGGUUGGGGUCACAUAAAGAGCUGCAUCACAUAGAACUCUGCACAUUUGGUAAAUGCAAAUCAAGUGGUACCUCUUCCGCUGUGGAAGGCAAGGAAGCGGAGCCAGGGAAAACAACGCAAGGCGAAGCACGAAGACCAGACACGGCAAAGGCAGGGAAGGGUGAAGGGGAAGCGAAGAAGAACGGAUGGGAACGCCAAUUGUUUACGAAAUCGCCGAGAAACCAAUCACUAGCGUGUUGAUCGCCAUAUGCACAGGGGUAUGGGUCUACAUACAGAAGGCAGGCCUCGGGUACGGAGACGUCGGCAUUAGCUACGAGGAUGUGGUUCGCGGGAAGCAGUACUGGAGGGUGAUUACCUCUUCGUUUUCCCAUAUUAGUUUUCUCCAUCUCAUCUUUAACAUGAGUGCGUUAUGGAGCGUGGGAGUUGUCGAGCAGUUGGGUCAUGCUGGGAUGGGAAAGAUCUAUUACCUGAAGAAUACGCUGCUGCUGGUUAUCUUGUCGCUAGUGCUCGUGCUUGUGUUCUACCACUUUUUGAUUCAUCACCUGAAAUUCGAACGCUACUGGAGAGUUACCGCCGUCGGGUAUUCCUGCGUCAUUUUCGGCUGGAUGACGAUCCUCUCGCAGAAGCAGGCUGGGUCGAAAAUUCAAGUCCUUGGCUUCCUAUCUCUGCCAGCCAGCCUCGCCCCCUUCGAGUCCCUCGUUUUCACUUACAUCAUUGUGCCCCAAGCUAGUUUCUUGGGACAUCUGUCGGGAAUCAUUGUCGGGUAUUUGAUAUCUUGGAGCGUUUUCGCAGAGAUUAGCAGCUAUUGGGCUAUAACGUACACGUCGUGGCUGCUCAUAGCGCUCGUAGUUAGCGUGGAAAGGACGACGUCAUACCAUAUACCAUUCUUGCAGACCGAGUUGUCAGUGGAAUCGCCCAAUCUUCCUACUGUGCGUUUACUCUCAGAUGAGGACCCCCCUCAGGCGAGAACACCCCCCCCUCCCUCCCUUGCUUCUGGCAUCGAUGCCGUCUGACAAUCGUGUCCUCCCUCCUUAUGUCAUCGUGCUCGCUUAUAACUCUUGCGGUUAGCGAGGAAAGGGGGACUGCUUCAUUCCAUCAUCCAUUCUUCUUGCAUAUCAGCUCCUCGAUGGAAUUGCUGGAUCUUAUCCAACUGCAUGUUUACUCCCACAGAAUCUGAUGAAGAGAGAGUCACUUAUGUAUGAGAGGUGUCUUCCUUCCUCGGCACUGUCACUGAUACAGAGCGACCAUCUUGUCGUUGCGUCAGCCAGCGAAGAGGAGCUGUGUCAGUUAUGAGAAAGCGUCCUCCUUCCUCACCUUUGGCACAGAUACUGAGCGACCACCUUGUCGCUACGUCAGAGAGCCAAGAGGGCGCAGUGCAAUACACAUACGUAUCAGAUUUUGCACUCACACCAAGCCAGGAUUUACACCCCUCGAUAUAUAAUAAACUCCUUUCGUGGAUUUAACAAAUCCAGAUGCCUUUGGGUUAUGUGGCGAAACGUACGUAUGUAAGCAGGCACAGACAUAUAGUGUUCACACUAGCAGUUUUUCUUCUAAGCUGUGGACGUGAUUGCAGUCGGAUUCAUCCACGUC